AAUCAGAGCGCAGGAGGCGGGAUAAUUUGCCAUCUGAUGACGUAAGGAAAACGAAAGCUAUAAAGACCUGUUUUUACCUUGAAAGUUCGUCAUUAAUCCAACGGAAGUGGUGUUGAACAUUUCAGCAUGAAAAAGGAGGUCAAAACUGCGAUUGGGAUCACAAUAGGGGCUGUUGCUGGAACCGUGGGUACAGUCCUAUUGGCCCCUGCUGCACUUGGGGUGUUGGGCUUCACUGCUGCUGGCAUCCAAGCUGGUUCCAUAGCUGCGGGUAUGAUGUCAUCAGCUGCUAUAGCAAACGGAGGAGGAGUGGCAGCAGGCAGCCUAGUGGCUGUUCUUCAGUCAGUAGGAGCUGCUGGCGUCUCGGCUGCCACAACAGCAGGCGUGGCGUCUACAGGCGGAGUGAUAGGCGGAGUGCUGGGGUGGUUUUCUGGCCGUAGAGGAAGAAAUCAACCGACUGAUCCACCCAAGAGCCGUAAACAGUCAGACAAUGAAGCUGGAAAUUCAUCAGAAGAUGAUGAUGAUGACGACGACGGUGGACCUCCUCCAGGCCUUUCAAUGACCCGCAGAAGUUGAAAUAUUAAAUUUUUUCAGAAGUGUACUUAAAAUAAAGAAAUGCAACCUGGUUACUUAA